AUGAUCACGAGACCGCCAACACCAAUAUUUUCCAACCAAAUCCUCACUGAAAUCUCGGAUAGCAGCAUAGAUGGCGAGCUUUCUCAGCUUUACAGUGAUAGAGCCGAAGUUUUCUAUAAUCUUAACAAAAUUAAGGAAGCCAAGGGAGAUCUUACCUCUGCUCUCGAGCUUGAUAAAACUAAUUCGAAGGCAAUUUUACUUCAACACAAAAUUCAUAUUAAAGAAAGGGAUACAGAUGCGGCAUUUAGAGAUUUUCUAUUUUAUCCGACAUUAAAAGAAGCAAAUCCUACAGACUUCAAGAGGUAUCUUCAAUUCCACGAACGCAUUGCAAAAUUCGCCGAAAAAAUAAAUAAUGUUACAGUUGAUCUUAAGCCAAAAUCAAAAGUCAGCGAAGGUGAAUGUGAUUUUGAGCAUUUUACGCGCGAAGAUGCCAUUGACAUGACCAAGUAUCUCCGUGAUUUCAAUCGUCCAAAAGCAGAAACAGUUAUCGCUUUAAUCGAUAAAAUUAAGGCUAUUUUGAAGCCAUUACCCAAUAUCGUCUCAAUUAAUCCAUCCUCAACUACAGGCAAGAUCCGUGUUGUCGGUGAUACACACGGACAGUUCCAAGAUCUUUGUUAUAUUUUCGAUCAAUUCGGCUAUCCAUCAGCCGACAAUCCAUAUCUUUUUAAUGGCGAUUACGUUGAUCGUGGAUCCAUGGGCGUCGAGAUUCUUCUUACCCUUCUCUGCUGGAAAGUGGCAGAACCAAAUUCUAUUUAUUUGAACAGAGGAAACCACGAAGCCAUCUCAAUGAACGGUCUCUACGGAUUCGAGCGCGAAUGUACUGUUAAGUACAGCGCUGAAAUGUUCCGUAGAUUCUCUGAUUUGUUCUGUUAUUUACCGGUAGGACACAUAAUAGGCGGAAAAGUACUUGUUGUCCACGGCGGCCUCUUUGGUGAUGACGCUACAACAAUACAGACCAUACAGAUGGCCAAUAGAUUCCAACAACCGCCUGAAUUUGGUGCAAUGAACGAUAUUUUAUGGUCUGACCCAAUGGACCUCUUCGGAAGGGCACCGUCACCACGUGGUGUUACCACAAUGUUCGGUCCAGACGUUACAGAGUCUUUCCUUCAAAGAGAAAAACUCGAAUUACUUAUUCGCUCUCACCAGAUGCAGAUGGAGGGCUAUUUAGUGCAGCACAAUGGAAAGUGCAUCACUGUUUUCUCUAGUCCAAACUAUGUAGGAAGAAUGAACAAUAAAGGAGCAAUUGUUACGUUGACAUUCGACGGAAACACCCUCAAAACACCAGAAUUCUCAAGCUUUACUGCUCAGCCAAUACCUAAGGACUUCAAGCCAAUGCAAUACUCUGCUUUCAGCUCUUAUUUCUAA